AGAUCUCCUUUGCAUUCAACUAUAGAGUCCAUCAUGCCAGCAGCCAGGCCAUUAUCGCCUGCUGACAAUGCCCAACCCGCUUUGCUUUUGACGCAAAAAUCAUACCCUUCAGCUGCCAAUGCUGAAAAAGAAACUCCUUUGGAGAGAACUCUUUCCGUAGACCGAGAGCGAUCUGUAGCUCUUGGAGUAAUAUAUAUUACGGACCACUCUGAGUCUUUGUCGACUCUUCGCGAAAACGACACAUCAAUGGACAUUCCAAUUCCUCCUCUACGACGACGCCAUACUUCCACCCUGACUCCCCUUCGCCUAGCCCAUCGACCUUCUGAGUGUACCACACAACAAGCCGAAAUUACCAUAAAUGGACUAGGAAGUCCCAUAAGUCCAUCCCUCGCUACUAGAAAACGGCGAAAAACUGGGGAUUCGCCUCUUGCCGCACUUCAUUCCGCAUACGAAGCGUCAUUUCUGCAUGAAUCGCAGCGAGAGCUGAGAGCUCAUGCUUGUUCCGACGUUUUACAGAGAAGGAAGCCGACACGAAUGCCCAUUUUCUACUUGGGCACCGCCGGUCUCAUUCCAUCACAGAUCUUCGAUCGGAAUCGCUGGAUCGGCGACUCUUGCAUCAUGCUCUCCUGGACGGCAGUACAUGUGAUUCCAGUCUCACAUCCAUUGAAUCUAUUCUUCCCGAACACAUGCAGUCAGAAUCCUUCACCCUCGAUAAUUUAAACGAACACGACACAUCCUCAUUAGAUAUGGCGCAUACCAAUAUCCCCGCCAAUUGCACGAAUCGUUCCUCCACAACUUCUGAAAUUAUGAAUACGACGAAUGAGCGCGUCUUGGAACCAGCUGACGUUGUUACGUGGAAUGCAGUACAGCAUGAGGAUGGUCACCAGCUUUCGUCUGAUUUUUCUUCCCCUAAUGGUAGUCCCAAAAGGUCCCGUACUCCAACGGCAGUAGGAAAUAUAUCGUCCAAGUUGGACGCCUUCAAUGGGAAAGCAACUAGUGACCUGGGCAGUCCGUUACGCAAGAAUCCAGGCGUUGUAAGCUCCUCAGAACGUUUGUCAAACGAGUCGGACGGCAUAGGAAGUCUCUGGGGUUACUUUAAAGCCGAACUUUUUGGGACCGAUUUUGAUGAGAGCCCAGAUGUAAAGAAGGAGAGAAUUCAGGAUUUCUUGAGUGUACCCUUCGAGCUCGAAAAGCUCAUGUUUUUUGGGUAUCUUAUCUGCUUUGACUCAUUCCUCCAUAUAUUCACCAUAUUGCCCUUGCGGAUUGUUUUUGCGCUGUGGACCAUGUUCAAGGCGCUUAUUUUCAGGUCAACAUACCUAAAAUCGGCGCAAAAAUGUGACUUGAUGAAGGGCGCUCUGAUUGGAAUCUGUUGUUAUAUGCUUCAGCAUUAUGAUGCAUCACAGAUAUAUCAUUCCGUCCGAGGGCAGGCAUUGAUAAAGUUGUACGUCAUAUUCAAUGUGCUUGAGAUAUGUGACAAACUGUGUAGCGCUUUUGGGCAUGACAUCCUUGAUUCGCUAUUUUCAAAGGCCACUGUCAAAUACACAUUAGCAAACCCUCACGGCGGCCAACGACAACUUGGGAGGGUGAAACAUUUUCUUGUAGCAUUAUGCUAUGUUUUCACGCACAGCAUCGUGCUGUUCUACCAAGUCAUGACUCUGAACGUCUCCAUCAACUCGUACAAUAAUGCCUUGAUGACAUUAUUAUUGAGUAAUCAAUUUGUGGAGAUCAAAGGAAGUGUGUUCAAAAGGUUCGAGAAAGAAAAUCUCUUCCAGUUGAGCUGUGCAGAUAUCGUUGAACGAUUUCAACUCUCUGUAUUUCUCUGCAUCAUCACGUUACGCAACUUUAUCGAGCUCACUGGCGGUUUAAGUAAUCUCGAAUCUGCCAUUUCAUACUUUUACAAUCUCUCCACAUCCAUGUUUGCACCGUCCAAUGUGUUCCAGCCUGUCCUUUCCUUUCCCAGCGCAUCCUCCCUUCUGUCGGGCGUGCGUUACAUUUUGUCCACCUCCACUUACAAGUUGAUCGAGACUCUUGCGACACCUGUUGUGGUAGUGUUUGGCACCGAGAUCCUGGUGGAUUGGCUGAAACAUGCAUUUAUAUCAAAGUUCAAUCACAUCAAGCCGGCCGUUUAUGGGCGGUUUCGGGAUAGUCUGUGUAGGGAUUUGAGCGGAAUGCGUGCAGCUGGUAGUAAUGCCGGGAAGGAAGGUGGGAAGGAGGAUGAUCAUGAUAUCGAGCACAACCGUCGGAUGACCUUUGUGGACCAAUCGCCCGCAGUAGCGCGCCGAAUUGGCUUUGUCUCCAUUCCGCUUUCGUGCCUAGUUAUUCGCGUGACACUCCAAACCAUGCAAAUGCUUUUGUACCUCCGGUCCACCUCGGACGAUGCCGAUCAAUAUUCUCAUGACAAAGAUCUGAGCAGUAGCAUAUCCAGACUAGUAAAAGCCUUUUUGGAUGCUUGCAACCCAUCUCCUCUUCCCAGUCCGGCCGAAUGGUUCACGAAAGAUGGUGUGCAGGGUUUGGGGAAUGCGUUGUGGAGACUGGUUGGUGUAAGCAUGGAUCCGGCAGUGCAAAAGGAGUUUGCAAGGGUUAUUAAGAUGUUGGGAAUGUGGGUUGGCAUUUUGGGUGCUAUCUAUUUAAGCCUUUUGUGCCUCAAAUUAGUAGUCGGACUAACUAUGCAGCGGGCGGCGCGUCGACGCGCAAUGCAGUUGCAUAAAGCGGGAGAGGAGCCUGUGUCGGAUGGUUUCGAAUCGCGACGAGUUUCUGCGCUUCCCUCAAAACAAUCCAAAGGGCAACCUGAUGGUUCCAAGGCAUCUUCAAUGGACGGGAAACUGGAGGAAAAGGGUGCCACCGGCGACAAACUGGAUCGAAUUGAAAGAUUUACUAUGGUCAAAAGCCGCAUCGUUUAAGCGACAUCCCCAAAUGAUCACGUCCCACCCAUAUCAUAUUUGGUAGACGGAGAAUACAGAAGCCUCGCGCUCAAUUAUUUGUAUCAUUGUGUAUAUACAUAUCUAUAUUGGAAAAUUUUGAGAAACUUUGCAAUACAGUCCCUGCAACUUCCAGAA